AGUUGUUUGUCUCACUGGGAUCCACCAACAGCGCAUCACUGGUCUAUACCUUUAUAUAUACAGUCUAUGGUCUAAACUGGUUAUUUAUAAGAGGCGAAGAGUUUGUCCCAGCAAGAGAAACGAAUUGAGUUUCAGGCGGAGAGGGUUGACUCCUCCAUGGACAACCGGGUAAUGGAUGUGCCCGGGGGUUCGAGCGCCGCCCUGGUCAUGCUGGCCUUCCUCCAGGCGGACUGUCGGGGCGCAGAGAUCCAGAAGGAGCUGCACUCCCUGGGCAACGAGCUCCAUGUCACCCACCGGGACAUCAACUGCAACGGUCCCCGGGUGGACCCCUCGGAGGACGGGGACCUGGAGACCGACGGACACCUGGAGUAUGAAAGUGUCCACAUGGAUCUGCAGGGUAUCCAGCCUGUGGUGGAGCUGCCGUGGCAAUGGAACCAAGACCCUGCAGCCAACAUUCAGCAGGUGGCCGGGGAGCUGAGAGAAAUCGCAGACCAACUCGAGGAAAGUGUCAUGACCCAGGCCACCAGAAACCUGAUGAGGAACACAUCAGACUCCCGAGCUGAGCAGUGGAGAACCCACCUGAACUCGGAGGUCCAGCGGAUAAUAAGGAACGGCACUGGUCUGGAGCAUCUACCUCAGGAGCGGGUCUUCAUGGCCCUCACGCUCACCCUGGUUAAAGGAGUGUGUGAACAGGCCCCACAGCUGCUGAGGAGCCUCUUCAACGCGGCUCUGCAGUUCAUCGGCCCCGCGAGGGUCAGGUGACUUCAGAGCGGCCGCCUCACAGGAAGUGACACGUACAUGUGGUGGAGCGACGCCUGAAAUCUGCUCCUCAUUAGCAGUCCAGUGAGAACGGAGCUGUGCAACCGGAAGUGUAGUCAACACUUUUCAAACUUAUCAUUUGAUUUUUACCGUAAGCGUAAGGAUGAGUUUGUAAAACUUUUUUUUGUUGCUUUCUUUGCUCUGCGUCUUUCUGCCUCCGUUUACUCUUUACUUAAAAGUGUAGCUUUUUGUUUAUACUUGAAAUACCUGAGUCUUUUUGUAUUGUCAUUCUGCUUUUGUUUUGCAACUUGAAUUAAUAUACAGUAUUUCUGAGAUUUAAUUUACUUUCAAUCUUUAACUAAAUAGUUGAGAUUUUUCUGUUUUCCUUUAAAUAAAUGUGAAGUUUGUUAAAAUGAAAUUAAACACUUGAACAUUUUAAUAAAACCACUACAGAAAACUUC